AUGUCAAUCAAAUACCUCACCUUCCACACGUGGGGGCUUCCAGAGCAGGAGGGAGAAGGGGCGGAGCUAGUCUGCGCCCCGCCCAAGGACCCCACAGGGAUUCCUUGCUCCACCUCCAGUCGCCAUGGGAACUCUUUGCCCCGCCCCUUGGACGCCGUGGUGAGACAUUGCCCCGCCCCAUUGUCACCAUGGCGACUCCUCUCGCCCCACGGUCGCCAUGGGGACACCUUGCCCCGCCCACGUCGCCUGAGGCUCCGCCUUGUAACGUCAUUGGUACUCCCUCCACAAACUCUGCCCGGUUGCUACGGAAACCCCAGGCCCCGCCCUCCGGCUUUCACCAUGGAGACAGGUAACGCGGCCUCCGCCUCGCGCACCAACGGCUCCAUCCUCGGGAUGAACGCUCUCCCGCCACUGCCCCCCGGCAGCUCCCAGUGCUGGAUCCCCGAGCCUGCAGGACGGCCCCCUACCCUCGCCCCGGUGCCCCGGCCGGCCGCCGAAACCAGGAGCGCCUUCGCCCCGGUUCCGGCCCGAGCUGGACUCACCCGAGAGGUCAUCAAGUGGCUGCAGAGUCUCGACCUGAAGUUCCCGUUCAAACACGUCAGGAAAGCCUUUUCUAAUGGUUAUCUUGUGGCUGAAAUCUUCUCCUGGUACUAUCCUCAAGAUAUUGACAUCAAAGUUUUCAACAAUGGCGUCUCAUUCCCUUCUAAGCUGAAGAACUGGUCACAGCUAGAGCAUUUUUUUUUCAGGAAAACGUUGAACAUUCCCAAGGAACUAAUUUAUGCUACAAUGCAUUCCAAGCCUGGUGGAGCUGAGUAUUUGAUACAACAUAUAUACACCUUACUGACAAACAGGCAAGCAAAGCUCAUCCUUGAUGAUGAAAUGAACUUUAUGGACAAUGGCUACCAGCUAAAGCUGCCUUUGAUUGCCCGGGCAACUGCCACCAAUGCUAUUCGCACCAACUUGACAUUAACUGAGCUACUGGAAAACCCUGACAUCUUCACAUGCAGUCAGAAAGCUCUGGAUAUUGUCAACAUGCAUUUGCAACACAGACAACUAGCAAGGCUAGAACAUCCAAAACGCUAUAAUUUGAAGCCCACGUUGGGGGAGAAAGCAACCAGACUUCCACUCCCUCAAUAUCAGUAUGAGUGUUUGUAUCCUGACAGCAAAAGAACAGAAAUGGCCGAAUCAAAAAUUACCCCACCAGAAAUUCGGAGUAAGAGUAAUGUUCUUUUCAAGGAGAUCAAUGUGAAACAAGUGGUUAGAGAUUCACAGUCACUGUCUGCAAAUCAUCAAAAUUGCAAGUUUUGACAGUAAAGAG